UUCACACCUCAGCGAUCACAAUUAACAACCUCUCUCUAUCCAAACCAACCGCAUAUACAUACUUCAUUCUCGUUCUCAAUAAUGGAGUCUAUGUCGAUGAUCGGAAACUCUCAGGCGAGCCUCGGGAGCUGCAAUUCAGAGAUAAAUAGGCUGUUCAAUUUAAAGAACGUUGAAAAGUGUUCUAAGAAGCUCCGAAUUGGUUUUGGCGGGAGAUUCAGAUUGAUAAAUUGUCCGAAGAAAUUGUCUCUUAGGGUUUCGGCGUCGAAACAGCCGGUCCCGGUGCUGCCGGAGAAAUUUUCCGGCGAAGAGUCUGUGAAUUCUAAGCCUAAAGAUGGUGUGAAAUUAUUUGUUGGGUUGCCCUUAGAUUCCGUUUCUGAUUGCAAUACAGUAAACCACGCAAAAGCAAUUGCAGCAGGGCUUAAGGCUUUGAAGUUGUUAGGGGUGGAAGGAGUUGAACUCCCUAUAUGGUGGGGAAUAGCUGAGAGAGAAACCAUGGGAAAGUAUGAGUGGUCGGGUUACCUUGCUCUUGCAGAAAUGGUUCAAAAAGUAGGACUUAAGCUCCAUGUAUCACUAUGUUUCCAUUCUUCUAAAGAAUCAAAGAUUCCACUCCCUAAAUGGGUAUCUCAGAUAGGUGAAGUCGAACCUAAUAUCUUCUUUACUGAUCGGUCGGGGCACCGUUACAAGGAGUGUCUUUCAUUGGCUGUGGAUGAUCUUCCUGUUCUUAAUGGAAGGACUCCGACACAAGUUUACAAAGAUUUCUUUGAGAACUUUAAGGCUUCUUUUUCGCCUUUCCUUGGUUCCACAAUUACGGGAAUUUCCAUUGGCCUUGGACCAGAUGGUGAGCUUCGAUAUCCGAGUUAUGACCAGCAAUCCAAAAAUUCUAAUAUUCGUGGAGCAGGAGAGUUCCAGUGUUAUGAUAUAAACAUGAUCAGCAACCUCAAGCCACAAGCUGAGGCACUUGGAAAUCCACUUUGGGGACUUUCCGGUCCUCAUGAUGCCCCAAGUUAUGAUGACUCACCAAUUUUGAACAACUUCUUUAAGGACCAGGGGGGAUCAUGGGAGACGGCAUAUGGUGACUUCUUUCUCUCGUGGUACUCGAGCCAGCUAAUAAGUCAUGGUGAUCGCCUUCUCUCACUUGCAUCUUCAACCUUCAGUGAUUCUUCUGUAACAAUAAGUGGCAAAGUCCCUCUCAUGCAUUCUUGGUACAAAACUCGUUCCCACUCAUCGGAGCUGACUGCAGGAUACUAUAACACGGAUAAGAGAAAUGGUUAUGAAGAAGUCGUACAGAUGUUUUCAAGGAAUUCAAGCAAAAUUAUUUUGCCUGGAAUGGAUUUGUCAGAUGACUACCAGUCAAAUCAGACUCACUCGAGUCCAGAAUCGUUGGUUGAACAAAUCAAAACAACUAGCAGAAAGUGUGGCGUUGAGAUCUCCGGGCAAAACUUAAUGGUUUCAGGUCCUCCCAAGGGCUUUGAACAGAUCAAGAAAAACUUGAGGGGCGAUCAGGCGGUGGACUUGUUCACCUAUCAAAGGAUGGGCUCAGAGUUCUUUUCUCCUGAUCAUUUUCCUUCAUUUACAGCCUUUAUUAGGAGCCUAAAUGAACAAGAAUGGCUAUUAGAUGAUCUGCCUACGAAUGAGGAAGAAUCUCGCUCUAGAAAGAAUCUCCAGAAACAAACGGCUUAGUUUAAUUGUAGUAUGUAGCUGUAUAUAUAGAGUGAUGCAAUUCUGAAGGUCCAUCAUACAAGAUUGUUAAACCCAGUGGUACUGGAGUCUGGAAUAGCAAAAAGUAUGCUGAUAAAAGCUGUAUUUUUAGCUGAAAGUUGCUUGUACCAGGGAUCAAUUAUGUAUUGUACACAUCUUUAAAGAGGUUAUCCAUUGUAAUCAUUUCAUUA